AUGAGAACAGGCGGUUACAUUCAGUGUCUUUAAGUUGUAUAGGGAUUUAUUCAUAUACAUCAGGAUAUCAGAAUGAAUACCUAUAUUUUGGGUAUAGAUAUCGGAACUACCUCAGUCAAAGUGUGUAUCGUUAAUAUAAAAACAGAUGUAGUAGAGGCACAGCACAUUAAAGACACUCAGUCUAAUAUACCGAGUGAUACAGGUCAUGGAGGCAACAAGCAGGAUAUUUCAAAAAUAAUUUCUGCAUUGAAUUUAUGUGUCUCCAAGUUGCCAAAACAAUUGCUUCAAGAGGUUUCUAAAAUCGGAAUAUGCGGUCAAAUGCAUGGAGUAAUGUUCUGGAAGAAUGAGGAAACUAAAACAGCUUGGGAAAUAGUGGAAAAAGACAAAACUGUUAGAUACGACGUAUGUCAAGAUAGGGUUUCUGCCCUGUAUACGUGGCAAGACAACCGAUGUGAUCGCCAAUUUCUUGCCAGUUUACCCACACCAAACUCACAUCUAAAUGUCUCCUCUGGAUUCGGAGUUGCAACCAUUUUUUGGAUGAAGGAACACAAACCUGGAAAGCUUGAAAAGUAUAAUUGUGCUGGAACAAUAUCAGAUUUUGUAGUCGCCAUGCUAUGCGAUCUACAGAAGCCCUACAUGUCAUAUCAGAAUGCUGCAAGUUGGGGAUAUUUCGACUGCCAUAAUAACACAUGGAAUACAGAUAUUCUGUCCGCUGUAGGCUUCCCUGUGAAUUUACUGCCGAAUGUGAAAUCUAGCGGAGAGAUUGCCGGGAAUCUAGCUAGAUGUUGGCACAGCAUUCCAAAAGGAACGCCAAUCGGUGUGAGCUUGGGUGAUUUACAAUGCUCCGUAUUAUCGACAGUGGAGACACCCAAUGAUGCUGUUUUGAACAUAUCAACUUCAGCACAAAUAUCGUUCAUUGUGGAAGAUUACACACCGAAUUCUGGCCCUCCUCAACAUACCCCGUUUCAUUAUUGGCCCUAUUUCAACAACAACUUCGUUACUGUAGCAGCGUCAUUGAAUGGAGGCAACUCAUUGGCUACCUUCGUCAGAACGCUUCAGCAGUGGACCAUGGACUUGGGUUUCAAUAUACCACAAUCAAAGAUUUGGGAAAAAGUUAUCGCUCUUAGUUCCGAUGAGAAUGCUACAUCCGACUUAGAAAUAAGACCAACUUGUUUGGGUGAAAGGAACCAACCAGAUUUGUUAGCUUCGGUGACCAAUAUCCAUGUGGGGAAUUUGGGUUUGGGGCAAGUUUUCAGAGCUUUAUGCAGAGGGCUACUGGAGAAUUUGCACAGCAUGAUGCCUAGAGAGGUUCUGCAGAAUGCGAAGAUAGAUCGCAUUGUUGGAAAUGGUUCUGGAUUAUCGAGAAAUUCGGUUUUACAGAAAGAAGUCCAGAAUUUGUAUCAAUUGCCAUUGGUUUUUACCAAAGGUGGAGAUGCAGCAAAAGGAGCCGCCCUAGCUAUGAAUUUACAGCAUUUGUAA